UACAUCAUCUUUAGUAGUUAGUUUGUCUUGAGCUGCUGUUGUUUCAAUCUGCAAGCGGCAACUGUUGCUAAGGGUCCCAUUACCAGAGUAACUGAUUGUUUACUUUGGUCUUGUGGGUUUGCCAGUUAGCAGAGGGACACUGGGUUAAACUGCCGACACGCAUGGGAUUUCUCCUCUGUCAAGUCUGUCCUUCAGUCUCUGGGUUUGCUGUUCGUCUCGGCUUUGCCGUCGGACUGCAAGGUUGGGCGCACAUAGCAGUGAGCAGGAACAGGCUGAGUAGGUUUUUAUGGAGUCCGGCUGUCCUUGUGACUGGAGCUGGAAUUUAAGCGCAAGGAGAUGUCCUCCAAGUGCUUGGCGCAGCGCUGCAGUAAAGUCAAGGCACAGGAGACCAGACUGGAGAAGCUAGAAGGCAAGAAUGCAAAGAAGGAGGAAGUGGAGGUUCCCCGCGGGGACAACCGGCUUGCAGGAAGCUUGAGGCAGGAGGAGACAAAAGGAAGAUGGUCUUCGUCAACUUACCAAAGUGGCAUGCAAAAAGCGACAUCCAAAAGUGGACUAGAGCAGGUCUGGAGAAAGGAGACACAGAACACGAAAGCCAGGAAGGGGUUUUCCCAACAAGAGAACGAGGAAGGCCCGGAUAGAGGCUCAGGUACGGGCCAGAUGAAGCGAUACAUUCUGAGGUCCUUCCCCACGGUCUCCUGCUCCAACCCGCGCAGGGAGCGGCAGGCGGAGAAGGGCCGGGGUCCGGGGCCUCUCUUCUUCGUGGGAGGAGCCAAUGGGGCUGAAAUAGUGAGCAGUUACUGUGAGAGGAGAGGAUGGAAGAGGAUUGACAACAAGGACAGGGAGGAUUUUAAACUCAAGUGGUGUGAGACCAAAUCCCGAGCCAACUACAUUAACUUCAAAGAAGGUAAACAGCUGGUGUACCAGAUUCCCAACAACAGGGUGCUCACCACAAAGAUCGGCCUCCUCAACAGUCUGCGGGAAUAUGAGCGAGUCAACAGCAGAGUGAACCAUGGUCAAGUGCCCAGAAGGCUGAAAAUGGAGGAGUUUAUUCCCACUACCUUCCGCAUGGAUGUGAAGGAAGAGAGGGAUGUUUUCUUUUCCCAGCAGGAAGGUGUGAGCAACGCUGAGAGUCACAUGUGGAUCUGUAAGCCGACUGGUCUGAACCAAGGCAGGGGGAUCUUUCUGAUGAAGAGCCAGGAGGACGUAGCCGCCUUCCGACUAAGGCUGCAACACACGGAAGAACACAACAAGAAGAUGCACCAGCGCCAGCCUCAGGCUCGCAUCGUCCAACAUUACAUCCAGAGGCCGCUGCUCCUGAGAGGGAAAAAGUUUGACGUGCGCUCUUACCUUCUGAUCGCCUGCACUGCACCUUACGUGGUCUUCUUUCGGCAUGGAUAUGUGCGACUGACCUGUGACCUCUACGACCCCAGCUCUAACAACCUGUCUUCUCACCUGACAAAUCAGUACAUGCAGAAGAAGAACCCCAUGUACAGCCAGCUGAAGGAGGACACUGUGUGGUCCAUGGAGAGCUUAAACACCUACGUCAACGACAUGUUUCAGGUUGCCAAGGGUCUGCCCAGGGACUGGGUGCUGGGCGCGUUCGCAAAGCGCAUGCAGCAGAUCAUGACCCAGUGUUUCUUGGCAGUCAAAUCCAAGCUUGACUGCCGACUGGGCUUCUUUGACUUGAUCGGCUGCGACUUUAUGGUCGAUGAGGACUUCAAGGUCUGGCUGUUGGAGAUGAACAGUAAUCCAGCUCUCGAAACAAAUUGUAAAGUCCUGAAGGAGGUGAUACCCACCACUGUUGUGGAGACGCUGGAUGUAACUCUGGAGAUCUUCGACAAGUGUAGACUCAAAGAGAGAAUUCUUCCUCUGGCCAGUCAGAGGGACUUUGUUUUGCUCUACAACAGAAUUGUUCCUCGUGAAUCAGUGGCGGUCUGCAGCGAGAGCAGCAAAGACAAAGAAUUUAACCAGAAAAGCACCAAAAAGCCUGAGCCCACAAGUUAUACGUCAGGGACAGAGGGUAACAUUGAGCCUUCACUAUCCCUUGAUAUUGGGAACUUUCCAGCAAGUUGGGAAGGAAUAGUCAGUUCAAAGUCCAGCCACUUUCUCGCCACCUUCCCUGCCCCCUCACUUUGCCAACAAAACUAUCCAUCAUUGCAUGGGACUUCACAAUUACCCAACAGCUUCAGCAGCAUACAGGCCGUCAAGAACAAGAAUCCCAAGUCUCGAGAUGAACUCAAGCUCAGCAAAUGUACUAUGCAUUGUUAUUCAAAAGCUGCAGAUGAAGUGAAGGACUCUAAGGUGCAGAAGAAGACGACUGUAACUAAGCCGCCAUCGCCACCAGAGAUCACCGUCUGCGGCUUUCCAGAGACGACACCCUUCCCUCCUCAUGCUGGACUACUUCCACGCUCCGGAAAGGAACGAGAAGCACAGCUCAAACUGGACAAAACCAGCUUUGUUUAUAAGACAUAAGAGGAACUGUGAUGCGUUAAGUGCAGAGAGCUGGGGUCUGGAGAUAUCUGUCUCAAAAGUAUUCCUUUUGACAUCUGGGUAUGUCAUAUAUGUUACAAUUACAUGGUUCUUCUUGCGCUUUGAAAUUAUUAAAAGUUUGUGAAUUUGAGGAAAAAAGAGAGAUCUGAAAGUGUGUUUGAAGAGAGACUUACUUUGGGUAAUUUAGAGUGCUUCACUAUUCAAAUAAAUCAAUUGAAUUGAGGUUUGACGAUUAACAGAACACAAAAUUAGCAAAAUUGUAUGUAGUGCUGAAGUAAUGUAAAAAAGUAAUUGUUUAGAAUAUUCUAAAAUAAAUGAGUACAUUGAAAUAUGAUAUUCAAAAAUAGUUCAUUCAUAAUAGCAGCUGAUUAUCUUAAGGUUAAGUUGAACCUGGUUGCCCAACACAGGCAUCCAGUUAUAGGGCAGCUACGCAGAUUGGCUUAUUCUGAUGAUGCUGAGUUACAUUUCCCACCUGCUUUCAAUGGGAUCUGUUAAGAUAUCAAGGGUUUUAGUUAAUUAAAAUGUAGAUAGUGUGAGAGAGGAGUGCAUCUUCAGGUUUACCGCCUGGAAAAAUAACACUACUGUUUUGUUUGGACUAAUAAAAUCAGAAUCAGAAGCCAUUUAUUGCAACACAUGUUAAACAUAGAGGAAUUUGACUUGGUGCAUUGGUGCAAUAAAGAAUAUAAUAUAAGAAUAAAGUGAAGUAAAAUAAGAUAAAGAAUCUACAAGCAAGAAUUAACAAUGUAAAUACAAUACAGAUAAGUACGUUGAAUGUCCAUAUGUUUCCACGGAGAGAAACCACUGCGCAAAUGUUCCGGGAAGUAUUUGGGUCAAUGGGGAAUACGGACUUGGUUCAAGAUAUAAUAGUUAAGUUCCAUCAAAGUAAAGUCAUCUAUUGGUGGUACAACAGUAUACUAUGAUAUGAUAAAACUUAAAAGGGCUGGUACAUUAUAAAUUAGGGCCGGGACUUUAGCGCAGUAAUUACGAUUAAUUAAUUACAAUGUGAAUUAAGAUUAAUUAAUUACACAAAAAAUAACACAUUAAACAGUUUUUAAUGCAUUUUUACACUUAUUUUUUGCACCGCGGAACGUUUCUCACUGGAUGAGUUUCGGAGGACCGAUUAUACUGGAGCACCAACUAGCGUUUAUGACUUCAGACAACAACAAACCACAGUGAACAUGAACGAAGAAGCUGACGAGACCGUGUCGGGUGGCCCCGUGAAUGGGAAAUCUUAUUGUAGCAGGUGGCACCAUGGGGUGGCGCUGUGGGGUCAAGGCGGUGCACCUAUAAAAGGGGAAGUGGCACUUUGCUAUGAAGUGCCAGUUUCCUGUUGGGUGGCCAGGGUAUGGUUGGGCCCCCCAGUAGUGGUGAGGAAGCUCCAUUCUCUCUCGAUUUGUAAAUAUAUUUGUUUAUUCUUUCAUAUGUACGGGUGGUAGAUUUUAAUGGAGUUUGCAUGACAGGAUCGGGAGGAGAUGCGCCGAUCCGGGCAAAGAGGGAAUGAAUGGGUGUGAGAGUUUGAUGCAGCAGGUAUGUUGGGUUUUUUAAUUAAAUUAAAGUAUGAAUUAAAGUUCAUUGUUGGUAAUUGUGAAUCCUUGUGUUUCAGUUAUUAUCCCGCUACCUGCUGUCCUUUUGUUAGUUUUGUUUUUUGUUUUCAGCGGUUAGUCCGCUCCUGGUCCAUUGUAUUUUGUUUUCUUUGCGUGUUUUGGAUGUAAGAGCGGACUAACCACUUUAAGUUUUUGUUUGUUUGUUUGUUUGUUUGUUUUCUGAUCACUUUCCCCACAUUCCAAGGUACACUUCCUGCAGUGUUCCGGGCAAACCCUGACCUAUGGUGUGACCUGAAGGGGGCGUGUUUGCAGUGCCGUGGUUGGCCUUAUACACAGGUGUGCUGUGCCGUGUUAAGCGUGUUUCACAGGGUAACUCAGGGCGC